UCUGUUCUUCCAGCUCUUACUUUGCUUCUUGUAAGGGACAGAUUAACAGAGAGCAUCAUGGAUUCUCUGGUGAGUAGAUUUGUCUCCACCRUUCUCUGGAGGAUAAUCUGUUGUGGUGUUUCAGGUGAUUAAACAAGUUUGUGGUUUUUGUUUAUUUUUUAGCAUCCCCAUUAAUUUCUGCCUCAGCAGAGACUUUUCCUGGGGUCCAAACGACUCCUCCUGCCCGAUUUUAAGCAGCUUCUGUUAGUUUUUUAAAAAAUGUUUGGUUUUAUUAGGACCGAGCCUGAGCUGUUAUCAUCUGUUCCUGACUGAGCCACUUUAUCUGUGUGGCCAGCGUUGCACUUUUUCCCGGGUCAUAAAACAAUUACUGACACACAGGUGGACGUGAUAAGGAUGGACAUGCGUUGCUUAGAAGUUGGAACAAGUCGCUGUUUGGUUCCACAGUCCAGCAUCAGUGGGCGUCGCAGGAGUGGGACAGGAGGUUACAUAAGGAGCUACCGGGCCAGAACCUGGGCUUUGUGUCUCUGGUCUGGACGAGAGUGGCCCAUCUCUGUUUUUUGUUUUGCUGGAAGGAUUUGUUUGAAGACCUUGUGAACCCAGAGUUGACACACACACAGCAGCUAUGGCAGGCAUUGACGAAGCGAUGAAACCCAAAAGAAGAAGCGCUACUGUCUGCGGCUACCCAAUAAGCAUCUUCUUUAUUGUGGUGAAUGAGUUCUGUGAGCGUUUCUCCUAYUAUGGCAUGAGAGCCGUGCUGGUGUUGUACUUCAAGUACUUCCUGCAGUGGGACGACGACUUCGCCACCACCAUCUACCACACCUUCGUGGCUCUCUGCUACCUGACUCCUAUCCUCGGGGCCAUUAUCGCUGACUCAUGGCUCGGAAAGUUCAAAACCAUUGUCUACCUGUCCAUUGUUUACGCCGUGGGACAGGUGGUCAUGGCGGUGGGUGCGAUCCAUGACAUCACGGACCUAGACAAGGACGGCACACCUGACAACAUGGCCUUCCACAUAGCUCUGUCUGUGGUGGGCUUGAUCCUCAUCGCUCUGGGAACCGGAGGCAUCAAACCCUGCGUGGCUGCCUUUGGAGGGGAUCAGUUUGAAGACGAUCAGGAAAAACAAAGAAGCACCUUUUUCUCCAUCUUCUACCUGUCCAUCAACGCAGGAAGUCUGCUGUCCACUGUCAUCACGCCCAUCCUCAGAGCUCAGAAAUGUGGGAUCCACACCCAGCAGCAGUGCUACCCUCUGGCCUUUGGAGUCCCUGCUGCUCUCAUGGUGGUCGCUCUGAUUGUGUUUAUUGUCGGGAGCGGGAUGUACAACAAGGUUCCUCCUGCAGGAAACAUCCUGGUGAAAGUCUGCAAAUGCAUCUCGUUUGCCAUCAAGAACCGCUUCAGGCAUCGUUCUCCUGAGUACCCAAAGAGAGACCACUGGAUGGACUGGGCUGAGGAGAAAUAUGACAAACUCCUGAUCGCUCAGGUGAAGAUGGUUCUGAAGGUCCUGUUCCUCUACAUCCCACUGCCCAUGUUCUGGGCUCUGUUUGACCAGCAGGGCUCAAGAUGGACCCUCCAGGCCACCACAAUGGAUGGUAACUUUGGAUUGAUGGUAAUCCAGCCAGAUCAAAUGCAGACUGUCAACCCCAUCUUGAUCCUGGUUCUGGUCCCAAUAAUGGACAGUGUGGUCUACCCACUGGUUUCCAAAUGCAAAUUAAACUUUACUCCAUUAAAGAGGAUGACCGUGGGAAUGUUCCUUGCUGCUCUUGCCUUUGUGUCGGCUGCCCUGGUUCAGAUAAAGAUUGAUAACACUCUACCUAAAUUCCCAUCGAGCACUGAGGGCCAAGCAAAGUUCAUCAACAUGGCUAACAGGUCCUUAGCUGUAGAAGCUGGACUCCAUACGUUUAAGCUGGAUAAUUUCACGGAUUAUAUGACAUUUAAAGAAUCAUUUCAUCUAACUGUGGAUUCCAGUUAUCUCGAUGAGGUCAGUCUACCAGGUGGCAGUCGAAGUACCAUCAUCAUUGUUCAAGAUGGGUCCAAGCUCAAAUCCUUGGAGUUUAGUGACAUCAUCAAGAAGCCGGAGCAGGGUGCUAAUGCUAUCAGGUUUUUCAACGGUUUCAACUCCACUUUGAAUGUAACAAUGGACGGUGAGGACUCUGGGGAGAUCGUCCACAACAACAUGUCUUUAUAUGCCAACGUACCACACGGAGCAGCUAAGUUCAUCAUUAAGGACAUGUCUGGAAGGGAGUGCACCCUGAAUCGAGAGCUGGGCUUUGGCAGCUCUUUCACAUUUUUCAUCCUGAGAAACUUCACGUUUGGAGAAAAUUGUGCGCAGAACAUACAGGAAGUGAAGGACAUUGAGCCCAACUCAGUCCACAUGGCCUGGCAGAUUCCCCAGUACUUCCUCAUGACUUCAGGAGAGGUGGUCUUCUCAGUUACAGGCUUGGAGUUCUCCUACUCACAGGCGCCCUCCAACAUGAAGUCUGUGCUUCAGGCUGGUUGGUUAUUAACUGUUGCUGUAGGAAACAUCAUUGUGCUCAUUGUUGCAGAGGCAGCAACACUUCCAGAACAGUGGGCCGAGUACAUCCUGUUUGCCUCGCUGCUGGUGGUGGUGUGCAUCGUCUUCGCCAUCAUGGCCAUGUUCUACACCUACACUGACCCGGCCAAGAUAGAAUCAGAGUUCGCCUACCUGGAGCCCGAAGACAAGGAGAAGAAGAAUUUGGAAAUGGCAAAGAAGGAUGUGGUUCCGAACCAUUAUGAGACCAAGAGGAAGAGCUCCGAUUCCAGCGCUGAUGAAAACAUCAAGAGUAAUACGAAGUUCUGAGUGGAACGCUGCCGGGUUCUGUUGGUACUCAUUUAUUAACUGGUCUGUUGAUGGUGGAAUACACUGAAGGAGCUGAAGGCGGAAGACAGAGUGGAAACUCUGAGUGGACAGUGUUUGUGAAGGAUUUUAGUAACAAAGAUAAUGGAGAUUGUUUCGAUCGUUCUCAUCGUUCUAAAUCUGAAGAUGAUUUUUUUUAUUAAGUUUUCCUGUAAAACUCAAACUCUGGCUUUUUAUUAGCUGGUAAUUUAUGUUUUGAUUAAUUUGUCUUUGCAACUAACAGUAAUUUUUGUUCUUAUUAAAUGCUGAUGUGCAAUUUCAAGUGGUGGGCACAGCUAACCUUUUGCUAACUCAUAAUCUGUUUACUAAAAAUAUAGCUUCGCUAAUGGUAAAGAUGUAAACAUUAGAAAAAGAAAUAGCGGAUGCUAAAACUAACAGCUAAUCAACCAUUCUGACUGUCACUGAGUCUGUCUCCUUCCAGCUGCAGACUGGUGGGACUGACACAAACCUGUUGAUGUUAGCUUGUUAGCGGACUUAAAGUUGUCAAAACCUAAUUUAGUAGAAGCUAACAGAUCUGCAAAUGGCUUUGAAAAUGAGUGGAAAAGCUAAUCAACUAGACAAAGACUAGCUCCUCUAUUAGCUACCAGCUGAUUAACAGGACAGUGCCCACCACUGGCAAUCAAAAAACAAUCCAUUACUUGUAUUUAUUUCCGAGCUCAGUAUUGUAUGUGUUGUUGUACAGUUACGGCUGCCUUAUAAAAGUGACAAACAUCUGCUGGUGGUAAUAUUUCAACACUUAAGGCUGCUCAGUCAGCUAAAAAGAGUUGAACAAUUCAUUUAGGCCCAGGAGAAAGCUGUUGUGUAAAGUCUUUGAUAAAUGAGGGGCUGUCUGUCUGUGACGGAACAAAGUGGAGUUAAAUAAAUGUUAAAGCUAAAAUGUUUACAAACAAAUCUGUUUUUUGUGGAACUUUAAAUGUUUAAGAAAAUACACUUUUUUAUGGUCUUGAAUUUUGAAUGAUUAGAACCAACCAUCCACCUCCUAACAGGUUUGAGCAUUUAUCAACUUUCCCAGUCUUUUGUUGCCCCAGUCCAAGAUUUUUUGGAACGUGUUGCUGGCAUCAAAUUCAAAAUUAAUAUUUGCAAAAAAACAAACAAUAAAGUUUAUCUAUUUGAACAAUA